AUUAGAUCCCGCGGGAUGAGUAGGUGGGAUUGGAUUUGGCAGGCGCGCGGCUCGUUGGCGGUGGAUGCCGGUGAUGCGAAGGAGUAGGACAAGAAGAAGGGGGUGGAGUUUGGUUGGUGUCCGAACGGCGGAGAGGCUACCGAAGGGAAACUCGGAGUAGGGUAGACUAUUGGAAGUGCACACGUAGUAGAGCAGGACGGGGGAAGAGCGGGCAAGAGACGAGAUAGAGAGAGAGAGGAGGCCGUAAGUGACAGAACGGUGGUGGUAUAGGUGAACUGCUGGACAACCGAACCACCCGAACUGUACUCUGUACUCGGCGGUAUUUAAGGGAGAGCCGCGAGCGUAGCGCGCCAGUUGUUGGUACGGUCGGUUGGUGGUUGGCUUUCGCGGACUGACACUCGCUGGAUCGUCACGUCGCGUGGCGCCGAGUGCAGUUACGCGAAUAAAAACAAUAUAUACAUACAUAAACUCUCAAUAAGCAAUCUCGACAUAUUUUAUAAAAAAUAAUCUUAAGAAAGCUUCAUCGAAGAGAUCGCUCAGUGAUGCUUAAGGUGAACCAGACGACCACGUGCACCAUUUAUUUUCGUCGAUUCUUCCGUCGGAUUAUCACGAUAUAAUUAAAUAUCUUCUCUUUCAUGGUAAUAAAACACGAUCGUAAAUACACAAGUAUAAAGUUAAGUGAAUAUAUGAGGGACUACGAAGUUUCUCUUCAGACCGGCGACAGCGUUAUGUGAAAAUAUACAUAUGGCAUUAUUUGGACUCUUCGUGCUCGAAGAUCGAACCAAUUUGAUAUUUUUGAGUCUCGGAUGGUACGGAUGAGUGUAUCAAAAAGGUACCCGAUGCUACUGCUGCUGGCAUUGGGGUUGAUUUUCACGCAAUCGUCCGUUGGAGCUUUAGCACGAGCAGGUACAUAUUUUGCACGCUCGAAUGUUUCGUCCGAACUCACCGGGACGUCUUCCAGUCACAGUAUUUCGGUCAUCAGGAUCUUGUCCGAUGGACGAGUGGAACGGUUCAUCCGGUGGCCCGGAGCCUGCGCCAAGGAGAUCAUUGUCAAUUGGGGAAACACGGACGUGACGCUGCGGCAAGUCUGGCUUCGUAAGUCGAGCAGAAAGCUGCAAUUGAUAUACGCCGGCGAAACGUUGACCGACUGCAUUGACGAGAAGCUCGCGUGGUGGGACGACAGCGAGUGUUUGCCCAGCUCUCGCGGUGUCUAUCGCUAUCACGAUGACGGUGACGAGGUGUCGAUCGAGACGUUCCAACUGGACGGUAAGGGCAUUUCGAGGACACCCCGUGACCUCUCUUGGCUGCUGUCGACAUCGGAGCUUCGUCACCGGUGCGAUCGCAUGAGGAUGCGAGUACGGAGCCAAGCCACGGCCCAGCGUCGACAUAGGAAAUACGCAAAAUCGACAAACGCGACAGCGAGUAAUGGAAGGCAAAGUCGGAGUCGGAAUCGGAUUCGAAGGGAAUUAUUCAUGAUACCAGGGACGCAAUGGUGCGGCCGUGGUGACCGUGCUACCAAGUAUACCAAUUUGGGCGGCUUCGGCAUGGCUGACGCCUGCUGCCGAAAACACGACACAUCUUGUCCAUUUUACAUACCGGCGUUCGAGACGCGUUACGGCGUUUUCAAUUGGAGAAUUUCGAGCAUGAUGCAUUGCGCUUGCGACGAGCGAUUUCGCACGUGUUUAAAAAUGGCCGGGACUACGUCGGCGGAUUUUAUAGGCAAAAUCUUCUUCGACGUACUCCAAUCAAAGUGCUUUAUUUUGAAACCGCAAAAGAUAUGCGUGAAACGGUCUUGGUGGGGUAAAUGUCAGCAUCAUGAGUAUCGAAAGCAGGCCUAUGUACGAGAUAAUGUUCCUUACUAAGGGUGUACAGCAUAAGAGAUUAUCGUAAAGAAAUAAAAAUGAAGUAUUCUUCUUCCGGGGAUGUCAAUAGCAAUUCUCAGGGAUAUCAUAUUUUGUCGAAUACUUGUAAUAUGUCAAGAGACAAAGAAGAAAGCUCGAGUCGAUUAUUAAAUCGAAAAAUUAUAUCACCAAAGAUACGAUUGACAAUACAUCGUAAUGUCUUCAAUAGAGAAUCGUUAUAUCAAGUCUGCCGAUAGCUAUGUCAAACAUCUUGAAUAAUGAUUUUAAAAGCUAAUGCACAAAAUCUUUCCAAUUUACUUAAUUAACUUCCAAAGACGUCUUGCUCAUCCUCCAAUAAGUGUGUAUUUUAUGUGAUAUAAUAUAUUACAACAUAUAUUUUACAAGAACAAGAAUUUUCUAUAAUAGCGCACAUUUGGCAACUGUUUAUUUUUAAAUUUAAAUGAAUUACUUGUUUCCUCUCAUUUAAAAGUUUAAUUGCAGAAAGUCGACAUAGGUAUCGGCGGUCCUUAUAUAGAGUUAUAUUAAACUUGUAGAUAGAAUUCGUUAACUUUUAAAUAUUAUUAGCAAACUAUUAACGAAUUAGCUUUUGUUCAUGAAUUAUGAAACUUUUACAUAACAUUCCAAAGAUGUAAAAAUAUAUAAAUAAGAAAAGAUAACAAACUGCGUAUAAAAUAUAAUAUAUAUCAAUAUUUAGGAUAGAGCUUAGAAUUUUUGAUGACAAAUUAUUAUAUAUAUUGUAUGUAUUUAUAUUAGUUUUAAGCUGUACAAGAUAAAUCUAGAUUUGAUUAAGAUAAA